ACCAAACUCCCAUUUUCGUAAAACUAACUCCCAUUUUCGAAAAGCAGACUCCCAUUUACAAAAAAAAGUACCAUUUUUAAGAAGUGGAUGUCCCUUUGGGGCUUCCGUAGGAUGUAAGAUCAUAGACACAAAAUGUAACGAUAUUUUCCACCCUACGGUAGUCCUUAAUAAAACAAUGAUUCAGAGACAGGAAUAUCAUAAACACGCGAAUGUGUAGUAAGAUUGUUGUUAAUUUUGAAGUUUUGUAUUAUCUAAUAAACGAUAAAGUUCCAAAGUCUAUCAACAGUAUAUUGGCAACUUUUCCUCGGCGUUUGCUACUUGAGUACCUUUACAUACAGCUAUUUUUGUCGGAAAUAGGAUAAUUACUAUUGAUUUAAGCUUAUGUUGAUGUAAUGAUUGCGGAAUAUCUGCCCUGAAAUCGAGUGUCACAUUCUGUCUGCUCCGAUGAAUAAGUUUGUUUAUCUUUUGUCUGAAAGAUCUCUAUAGCCAAUCAGCUUACGUUUGAUCAAGGUGUGUCCAUAAGAUAAGAGAACAAUUGAUUGUAGUUUAGUCAGUCAGAGAUAUAACUUUGUUGUGUACGCGAGAGGAUUCGAGAAAUUAAAAUCUGGAAGAGCAAAGCGACAGUGUGGGUUCCUUAUUCCCCAUAUUUUUAAACAGCCGGGAAUCUACUUAAGCCACACUUAAAACGCGUCAAUGAAGGGCAGCGGAGUUUGAAGUGGCUGGAUAACUCAAUUAUGGCAAAGGGAAUUUACCUUUCAGGUUUUCGAAACCUUUGUAUAUUUGUUUGCUUUUUUACAUUUAUUUUACUUGCAAAUAGGAACCACGACUAUUCUUUACGUCACUCCGUUUUCACUGCACGGGUAUAGCUAUAUAGAUAUUCUGCUUCGCCGAGGGAAAAAGACAUCGUUUUUCUCCUAUUGGCUCUGCUUCCAGUGAAAAAGAAUUCUAAACACGUUAGAACACUGAGUUGUGAAAGACACUUUUGUCCACGAGAUAGAUGCAGCGGAUUGAGUUACAAGUAUUCUAAACAAUCCUUGAGGUCAUUUCAAGAAGUAUUAAUAAGCAGGCAUCCGAUGUUCCCAGAGACUAAAAUAUCUCGGAAGUUCCAUGGUAUGCUUCUGAUGACCAACCAGAGUGAUAAUACCGAUUAAAAUUGGACAUUACACACACCGUCUUUACCACUCACUAGGAAAAAAACAGUUGCGCGACGGCGCCGGCAUUUCAUAAUAUCAGCUACUAUCGUAACAACUUAUCACAUAAGGACGCCACUGAAAGGCAAAAGGUUUAAUAUAACUCACUUGUUUGGUGGGACCAAUUAAAUACACCAAAUUCAAGAAAAUAAUUUAACAUACAGACUUGUUUUUCUGUUAAGAAAAAAGGGAAAUUUCCCUUCCGCGAAAUGACUGACAAAAUAAUUAUGACAUAUGGAUGGCCCGCCUACGCAUGCAAAUCACAUGAGAUCAUGCCCGCUUUUAUACUUUACACUCCAGCCACAUUUGUUUUUGUAGCGUUUAGUCACUACAUUUGGUACCUCAUCAAGAAUAGAAAACAAUGGAAAUGUCGACGUUUUCAGUCUCUGUAUGUCUUCUUGUAGAUGUAGGUAUGCACAUGAGAUAGCGAAGAAAAUCGAAAUGAGAUCAAUAUCAUCUUGCAAGGGAUAAUCAUCUGUUUAGCAGCACUUUCAAGUUUAUAAUUAUUUAUACCCUUUCCUCUAGGGCUAAAGCUCACCAACACUGCCUCAGCUCAUCGGUCCUGACAGCUUGCAGAUGGACCGAACAACUAGCGCGGAAGAGGAAACUCAGAAAAGCCAAGCUCAACAGUCUUACUCCAUCAGUUGUCCCUCCAAACUUUUGCAGGAAUCAUGCAUGAAUUCACGUCCCCAAAUAGUUACGGCUGAUGUUGAACAUCAUGCAAACUCAAUAACAUUAACAUUAAAAGAUUGUGAUGUCGUAAUCGUUGGUCAGCCAGUCGGUGUCCCGCACAUACAAAGCUGUGCUUUCCAUACCUACCGGGAGCCCAGUGCCAACGACGAAGCUACUUCGGAGUCAAGGAAUCGUUUUCCAGAGUCCGAAGGAACAUCUACAACGAAACACAAGAUAGUUUGCAAAGAUAAACCUGGAAUCCCGCAAAAAUACAAUGCACGUGUGGAAAGUGACACAUCCAUAACGAUCAAGGCUCAUCAGGCUUUAGAUGUAGAUCGUCCACUGCCAAUGAUUACGAAACAGGGAUAUCUGAAUGGCAAACAAUGCGAAGAGAUUGUUGAGAAACUAGUAAACUUGCAGGACAACGGGAAAUUCAAAGAACAUGAAGCCUUAGUGAUUGCAAAUUUGAAACUCUGCAAAGAAAAACAAAAUUUCGACAUGGAAUUGACUCUAUUAUUAGAGCAAGGAGUUGCAUUUUCUUACCACAGGGAAUUCAAGAAAAGCAGAAAACUUUUUAACUCUGUUAUCAUCAAAGGAGCUAAGCAUCCACUUAGAAAUGAAAAUCUGUUGAUGGCAAGAGCUCACUACUUGAUCGUGGACAAUUCCGUCGACAGGUUCAGGAAAGUAACAAAAAUACAGUCCAUGCAAGAAUGCCUGAAAAAAAGUCAAUUAUUACUUCAGAAUGUUGACUCACCACAAGACUGGGCAGAACUAUAUUACACCAGCGGAAACCUUGGCCUGGCUCGCAUGAGCACAAUGGGCAUAUCUGAACGAAGGCACGCACAGGCGCGCAGAGCUGUUCAAGAUGCUGCCAAACAUAAUUUCGAGCUGGCAAUCACAUGCUGUAAAAAGGAUCCCCGUGAGCGAAUUCAAACCAAAUUACAACGAUACUGUCAUCUCAAAGUUGCACAGCUGCUUCUCGAUACCUGCUCCACUGCUGCGUUGCAUCAGCAAAACGUUCUCCCGCCGGAACAAAUUGAAGAAGCGAAGCAGCAUCUGGAUUUCGUGGAGCGUGAACUCGGAAACGGGAUGCCAUUAGGUACACGAGUAGAGCUUUUGCAAACACGCUGUGACCAGUUUUAUCGCCAAGAAAAGUUUCAACUAGCCAAAGAAACAGCAGAGGAGGCAUAUAGCAUAGCGAAUUGUAACAGCGGAUUUUACUUUGUAGACGCACUGCAAGAGCGAAUUAAAUUGCUACACAGUUUUUGCGAGUGUAGGAUUAGGCUGGUUGUUGAUGAUGAUUUGCCAACUUCUGGCAGCGACGCCAGCUGCGAGGCAAGUUCUAGUGAACCUGAAUAGAGGCUAGAAUGAGUAGAGGGCCACGAACACUGCCACAGCUCAUCGGUCCUGACCAAUUUGAUGAUCGACAAACAAACCAGCGCGGAGGAGGAAACCGAGAAAAGCCAAGCUUAACAGUCUUACUCCAUCAGUUGUCCCUCCAACCUUUUACAAGAAUCAUGUCGUAAUCACUGGUCAGCUAGUCGGAGUCCCGCACAGACAAAGCUGUGCUCGCCAUAACUACUGGGAUCCCAGUGCGAACAACGAAGCGGGGUCAAAGAAUCGUAUUCCGGAGUCCGAAGGAACAUCUGCAACGAAACACGAGAUAGUUUGCAAAGAUAAACCUGGAAUCCCGCAAAAAUACAACGCACGUGUGGAAAGUGACACAUCCAUAACGAUCAAGGCUCAUCAGGUGUUAGAUGUAGAUCGUCCACUUCCAAUGAUUACGAAACAGGGAUAUCUGAACGGCAAGCAAUACGAAGAGAUCAUUGAAAAACUAGUAGACCAGCAGGACAAUGCGAAAUUCAAAGAGCAUGAAACUUUAGCGAUUGCAAAUUUGAAACUCUGAUGAGAAAAACAAAAUUUCGACAUGGAAUUGGCUCUAUUAUUAGAGCGAGGAGUUGCAUUUUCUUACCACAGGGAAUUCAAGAGAAGCAGAAAACUUUUUAACUCUAUUAUCAACAAAACAGCUCAGCAUCCACUUAGUAAUGAACAUCUUUUGAUGGCAGGAGCUCACAACUUGAUCGUGGACAAUUCCGUCGACAGGUUCAGGGUAGUAACAAAAAUACAGUCCAUGCAAGAAUGCCUGGAAAAAAAGUCAAUUAUUACUUCAGAAUGUUGACUCACCACAAGACUGGGCAGAACUAUAUUACGCCAGCGGAAAUCUUGGCCUGACUCACAUGAGCACAAGUCCCAUAUCCGUGAACGAAGGUACGCACAGGCGCGCAGAGCUGUUCAAGAUGAUGCCAAACAUAAUUUCUAGCUGGCAAUUUCAUGCUGUAAAAAGGAUCCCCGUGAGCGAAUUCACACCAAAUUAUAACGAUACUGUCAUCUCAAAGUUGCACAGCCGCCUCUCGAUACCUGUUCCACUGCUGCGUUGCAUCAGCAAAACGUUCUCUCGUCGGAACGAAUUGAAGAAGCGAAGCAGCAUCUGGAUUUCGUGGAGCGUGAACUCGG